AUGCCAAUAUGUAUCUCAUGCAGCACUCCCGUCAAGCACCUAUACACUACCUACAGCAAGGCCGAUGACCGAUCUUUAGGCAAAGGCGUUCGGCUCACACAAUGUCCCAAUUGCAAAAGAUUUGCCGACAAAUAUGUCGAACAUGACUUUGUGGUAUUAUUCAUAGAUUUAUUGCUGAUCAAACCUCAGGUAUAUCGACAUCUCCUAUUUAACAGACUUGGACGAUCAGAUGACAAGUUCGACCCGAGUAUCUUGAGGCUCGGAACGCUUCUGGUUCUCUUUGACGUCUAUAUCACCUGGGCACGCAUUGAGAGGACCAGUCCAGUGAAGAAUGACGGCGUCACAAACUCUCGGCUCACGCAAAUGCCCAUCCUUACUCAGUAUAUCUUCUUUCUUACGAUGAACAUCUUGGCCACAGUUGCACAACACGGCAUCAUUCGAACGUUAGCCCGUGUUCUUCUCUCGCAACCAGAUAUCCACGGGGACGACAUCAAAUCACCCACGUCUACGGGAGAGGGUGGCCUCAGCCAAGCCACAGUUGUGCCAGGCCAUGCGAGCCCCAACGCUAUUAGUACGGCAUUGCUUGUGUCGAGCUGCUCCAAAUUAUUUCCCAUCUUGUUGGUGAUCUGGCCAACAGAGGCGAAAGAGGGCGACCCUUUCGGCUUCGCGUUUCAAGCUUCAAACUAUGUCGGUUGGGCAGUCCUUCUCAAUAAUAUUGAAGCUCUGUUGAUCCUCUUGAAUUGUGGAUACAAGAUUGCGACGGGGCUAGCAUUUGCUGGAGUCGUCGCUCGAUGGCUUAUUGAAGGCUGGGUCCUGAAUUUGGUGGGCUUGGGAAUUGAUACUAGCCCUAUUGGUGAUAUACUUACAGCUCUCAGCUAUGCCAGCAGCUGGUUAGAUUUAGGUCCAGGGAGAUAG